CAAAGACGCUGGCUGUUAACGGGUGAUUGAAUUGGCAGUUUCUCGUAUCCACAGCGCAUCAACACCACCAGGUGCACCAUGAAAACAAUUGUUACUUCAACGCCCCUUUCCCCAGGGAGCGAGACGGAUUUUGUCGGAUUCUACCAUACUGGAACGAGAGUUCAACCCCUAACAUGCCACCCCUCAUAUACCUUUGGACUCAGAACCGAGUCCGAAAACAACGGCGCCUGCUGUCAGACCUUGGACGAUGAAUCGGAAUCGGAAUCGUGCUACUACGCGACGAGAUGUACAGACGGCCUGCAGGUAUUUAAGGAUGGGAAGAGCGCUAGUUGUGACGGCGGCGUUCCCUGCGUCGAGGUGCCCCUGUACGAGUGGGAGACAUCGACUGAUAGCGGAUGGAGCGUGACGCUGGCGUGGUGCUUUACGAGCUUUGGGAGUGAGCUUGCUUCGGCUUUUUACUAUAAUGCUAUGACGACGUAUUCGACAACUGGUAUGCUUUCCGUCUAUAAAUU